UUAAUUUGGGGAAGAAGAAGAAGGAGCACAAAGUUGUUUUUAGCUAGUGUUACAAGAUAAGACAAGAAAAUACAGGAAAAACUGCCGGUUUUACGGAGAAACAAUUUAUUGUCGCGUUCGCUUUGAAUCGCAUAAAGUUUUUGCAGGGGAUCAAUCAUGACAGAGCAGGGUUCAGUCAUGACUGAGCAGGCUAGCACUGAGGGGAUUGUGGGCCUGGAUGAGCCCAAGAAGAUGACGAGGGAGGACUGGAGGAAGAAGAAAGAGCUGGAAGAGCAGAGAAAGCUGGGAAAUGCUCCAGCUGAGGUGGAUGAAGAGGGCAAGGAUAUAAACCCUCACAUCCCACAGUAUAUUUCUUCAGUUCCCUGGUAUAUUGACCCAUCCAAAAGGCCCACCUUAAAACAUCAGAGACCACAGGUUGAAUAUCAGAAGCAGUUUGCAGCGAUUGGAGAGUGGUAUAAGAGGGGGGUGCAAGAGCAGAAAUCUGUUGCCACUAAAUAUCGUAAGGGUGCUUGUGAGAACUGUGGUGCCAUGACUCACCAAAAGAAAGAUUGCUUUGAGCGACCGAGAAAGGUUGGGGCAAAGUACACAGGAAGCGGAAUAGCUCCAGAUGAGCACACUCAGGUCGAGGUUGAUUUGGACUAUGACGGGAAGCGGGAUCGCUGGAAUGGGUAUGACCCUGAAGAGCACCAGCGUAUUGUAGAAGAGUACAGCAAAGUAGACCUGGCUAAAAGGACACUGAAGGCACAGAAGCUUCAAGAUGAGUUGGCCUCUGGGAAAUUGGACCAAACGGAGCGGGAACACGACAGUGAAGAUGAGGAUGAAGACAAAUAUGCUGAUGAUAUUGACAUGCCUGGCCAGAAUUUUGAUUCAAAAAGGCGCAUCACUGUCAGAAAUCUGCGUAUCAGAGAAGACACAGCCAAAUACUUAAGAAAUCUGGAUCCAAAUUCAGCAUACUAUGACCCCAAAACCAGAGCAAUGCGAGAGAACCCGUAUUCAAACACUGGCAUGAAUGACGAUGAAGUGGGGUACGCUGGAGACAAUUUUGUACGUUACACUGGAGACACCAUCACCAUGGCACAAACACAGUUGUUUGCCUGGGAGGCCUAUGAGAGAGGCUCUGAGGUGCAUCUCCAGGCUGAUCCUACAAAACUGGAGCUGCUGCACCGCUCCUACAAAGUCAAAAAAGAAGACUUUAAACAGCAGCAGAGGGAAGGCAUCCUGGAAAGGUAUGGAGGCCAAGUACACUUGGACGCCCCUCCACGAGAGCUUCUUUUGGCCCAGACGGAGGACUACGUGGAGUAUUCUCGUCACGGUGCCAUACUGAAGGGUCUGGAGAAGGCUGUGGCACGUUCCAAGUAUGAGGAGGAUGUGCUCAUUAACAACCACACAUGUAUUUGGGGCUCGUACUGGAAGGACGGCUGCUGGGGCUACAAGUGCUGUCACUCUAUGGUCAAACAGAGUUACUGCACAGGAGAGGCUGGAAUCACAACAAGCACCACAGACUGUGUUCCCUUUGAUGAGGGACUGACACAGUCCCAGGAGGAAGAACAGCCAAAGACUUUGCUUGAAAUGCAUCAAGAUAAGAUGAAAGAGAAGAAAAAGAAGAAGAAGAACAGAAGGAACAAGAAGCAUGACUCUGGCAGUGAUUCAGAAGAGGAGAAAAAGAAAGAGAAGUUAAAGAAGGCCCUUGAAGCAGAGGACAUGCGUCUGAAACAUGUUCUGACGAUGAUGCAGCUGGAUGAGCGGAAGAGGCCAUACAGUAGCCUACAUGAGGUGAAGGAGCCCACUGAGGAGGAGAUUGAAGCUUUCCAGAUGAAACGCAGCCGACCAGAUGACCCCAUGGCUUCCUUCCUUGGACAGUGAAACAACAGUUACUGCUUCCACCCCUUCAUGCAUUCCCAUACCUACAUUUUAUGGCUUGUAACUUAGGCAACACCCAGUGUUUUCACCCCACAUCUAUCAAUAAAAAAAUGGUUUUAUUAGAAAUG